AUGGAGCCGUCCCGGGACCUGGAUUCAUUCGGCGGUAUGCUGUUGAUGGGAGAACUCGAACGUAUCAAGGCCGACUAUGCCAAUCGCGUCUCUAGGAUACAAUCCAGAGCUGGAUCCGAAGAGGCGGCGCGUGAAGGAGCAGCCAAAGAGUUGUUUGCCCUACAUUGGGGUCCGACGCGCGUACCAAUUUACAACCUUCUCCUUCUGUCCACCCUCAUUUACUCGCCCUGCCGUUCAAAGCAUUUGGCGAUUGCUCGCUGGCUCAUCACCGAGGCUGAAGUUCCAGUAGACGGUACGGACCUUUCGGGCUCUACGGCAUUGUACCAUGCCAUUUCGACAAAACCGUCAUUUGAUACCGAGUAUGGCCAAAUAUUACAUGACGCCGGUGCCUCUGUAAAUCACAGAAACCGGUACGGAGGUACGGCGGCGCAUGAAAUGUCCUUGAUUUGGCAACCGCAGAACAAAAGUCUCGUUGAGCGGGCGGCGGAUGGCCUCAAGUGGUACCUCGAUCACGGUGGCAACAUUGAUAUUAAGGACAACGACGGAAUGUCGGUGCGCUUUGCAGUUGAUUCCACCCGCAAGCUCGUCCUACGGGGAAUUACCGACAUGGCGAUAUGGGACGUCGUGGACAAAGAAGACAAGCGGAGGAAGAGAUUGGGCAACAAAUGCUGCACGUUCUGUGGGAGAGAGCCUGAAGGCGACGUCAAGUUAUUACUCUGUUCGCAAUGCAAGUCAGCCAGUUACUGUGCACCGCCAAGGAAGUGUCAGAAGCAGGAUUGGCCAAGGCAUAAGGAGGCGUGCAAGCAAUUCAAAUCUGCGGGACAGGGCAUGACUUACCUUGGAGUAAACUUAGGAUGGUGA